AUGGAAAUGGAAGAAGUUGUUGAGAAGAAAGAGUAUGCCCCACGAUUCAACCCAGGACUCGAAGAUAGGACCGUAAAUCUUGGACAAAGUGUUCAUCUCUCCUGUACUGUCGACGCGAUUCCGAAAGCGAGCGCAAAGAAAGAAGGUGAAGAGCCAUUCUUCACCAAAGGACUCGUCGACAUUUGGACUGAUCGUGGUGAUUCGUUCACACUGAAAUGCGCCGUGAAAGGCGAUCCGUUCCCGGAGAUUAAAUGGUAA